GCGGGGGGCUCGGGGGCAGAGACCAGCGCGGAGCUUGCGCCGCGGCAGCGCGGGGCGCCGCAUGCGGCAGUGUCAGUGACCGCGCGGAGAGCGCCGCGCCGGCCAGCCCAGCCCAGCCCAGCCCAGCCUCCCUCCGCUGCCAAGUUCGGUCUCCCCGCGGGUCCCAGGGCGGCUGCCGCUGCCUCCCUGCCUCCCUCCCUCCCCGCCCGCCCCGCUGCCCGGAGCCGGCGGCUCGUUUCCUCUUUCGCUCCUCGCUCGCCCCGCUGCCCGUCGCCUUUCUCUCUUCGCAGCCCGAAGCGGAGCCGCCGCUCCCGGGACCGCGGCCGCCGCCGAGCCGCAGCGAGCGCUUCACUUCGCGCGGGUCCGGCCUGGGAGCGUCCCACCCCGGCAGCCGGAGCGCGGCGAGCCCAGCCCAGCCCCAGGACCCGGCAAGUGAAUGCAUCUAAAUUGCUCUGAAGAGAUUCAAGAUAAGAGUUGUUAGAUCCUAACCGAGAACAGAAUGGGGAAGCAGAACAGUAAACUGCGACCUGAGGUACUCCAGGAUCUCCGGGAGAACACCGAAUUCACAGACCAUGAGCUUCAGGAGUGGUACAAAGGCUUCCUAAAAGAUUGCCCCACGGGUCAUUUGACCGUUGAGGAAUUCAAAAAGAUAUAUGCAAAUUUUUUCCCCUAUGGUGAUGCGUCGAAGUUUGCAGAGCACGUGUUCCGCACUUUUGAUACCAAUGGUGAUGGGACGAUUGACUUUAGGGAAUUUAUCAUUGCGCUGAGCGUCACUUCUCGGGGAAAGCUCGAACAGAAGCUGAAAUGGGCAUUUAGCAUGUAUGAUCUUGAUGGCAAUGGAUAUAUCAGUCGUGGCGAAAUGCUUGAAAUCGUGCAGGCAAUCUACAAAAUGGUGUCAUCUGUAAUGAAAAUGCCAGAAGACGAGUCCACUCCGGAGAAACGAACAGACAAAAUCUUCAGACAGAUGGACACAAACAAUGAUGGUAAACUAUCCCUCGAAGAGUUUAUUAAAGGUGCCAAGAGUGAUCCCUCUAUUGUGCGAUUGUUACAAUGUGAUCCAAGCAGUGCAAGUCAGUUCUAAUUAAACUCUGGACAGUUUGCAAAGAAACUGCUGGCUUGUCGUUCAAGCUUUGCUCGCAAAUGGAUGCCUUCUCAAUCAUUCCUCAACUUGCUAGUGGAUAAGAUUCCAUUGCCAGAUUUUGUGUGUGCACACACGCGUGCGUGUAUCAGAGUGAGGACUGCUUCACUCCUCUCACUAACACAAGUGCAACAUUCCUUUUGCAGUUCUGUUUUUCUCCCCCUUCAUCCCCUCCGAUGUUACCACUCACUCUACACGGUUAAUGUAAUUGAAAGGUAUGUUUACAUGCAGAUACGAAGAGUUCAAAUUUCUGGUGAGAUAUCCCAUCUUUUAGUCAGUAAGAAUGAUGACAUUCUAGUAGCCGCAAGAAGAUACUAGAUAGAAUUUUUAUCCAACAUAGCAGAUGGUAGGUCAUCACUUUUGAAGCAAAAUGUGAACUGAAUGGAGUAGAAAGAAGAAGAAAAAAGCUUUUCUUGGCAUGGUUCCAAAUUGUCUGUGCUUUUGAGGAAAAUUGCUUGCACUUAUCUAAUUGUCUACUUUCUUUUAAUAUAUAUAUAAAUUAUAUAUAUAUAUGGUGAAGUAAAAUUUAAUAUGUAGGUCAGGUAUUUAAUGCAUAAAGUAGAAUUCAAGCUUAAUUUCUUCUUGUUUGUGAUUUAUUCAAAUCUCGAAGAUUGUUUUUGAGAUAUUUAUGCAUUAGCAAAUUGCUGUUAAAGAAAAUGCAUGACUAGCAAUUUAUAGCUAUUUCAUUCUGUUUCAUUACUGAAUGCAAAUAUUUGUUCAUUUUUACUGUUUAUCGUUCCAGCGUUUACUGUAUUAACAAAAGAAUAAAAGGAAUAAAUCCUCA